AUAGUGACAGAGGGUGUGCGAAUAAUUUUGUUGACACAGUUUACAUGUGGUCAGGUCUGCCACUGACAGGACCAGAGCAGUGGUGACCACUAGCCACCAUCACAUAGCGUCUGCUGACAGCACCAGAGCAGUGGUGACCACUAGCCACCAUCACGUAGUGUCUGCUGACAGGACCAGAGCAGUGGUGACCACCAGCUGCCAUCAUGCGUCUGUUGAUAGGAUCAGAGCAGAGGUGACCAGCUGUCGUCACACGUCUGUUGACAGGACCAGAGCAGUGGUGACCACCAGCUGCCAUCACACAUCUGUUGACAGGACCAGAGCAGUGGUGACCACCAGCCGCCGUCACACGUCUGCUGACAGGACCAGAGCAGUGCUGACCACUAGCCACUCUCACGCGUCUGCUGACAGGACCAGAACAGUGCUGACCACCAGUCAUUGUUACGUGUCUGCUGACAGAACCAGAGCAUCACCAGCCACCGUCACGUGUCCACUGACAGGACUAGAGCCGUGCUGACAACCAGCCACCAUCACGCAUUUGCUGACAAGACCAGAGCCCCACCAGCCACCGUCACAUGUCUGCUGACAGGACCAGAGCACUACCAGCCACCACCGUCACAUGUUUGCUGACAGGACCAGAGCAGUGCUGACCACCAGCCACUGUCACGCAUCUGCUGACAGGACCAGAGCUGUGCUGACCACCAGCCUCUGUCACUUGUGACUCCAAUAGGAAAAUAGUUGAAGUACCAAUAUUCAGAAUGGCUCUUGGACUACCGGUAUAUCUUCAGAGGCUCUGCACCACCGUUACACACACACUUGCCUCAUUGCAUUAUCAUUGCUCCAUUUGUAAACAAAACUUGGCAAAGAAUAUGGUUUCAUGGAAAAUAUUAAUUCCUGUUACACAAAAUCAUGGGGGUUUUCACACAUACAUGCCAGCAAGUUUAUACAAAAGAAUUACUGAACAAUCUUGCGAUCCUCGUCCAAUACCGCACAAACAAAUAUCAAAGAGUUCCCACACAUUACCUCAGAAUUGCACAAGAUAUAGUGCAGCCGGGAGAACUGGCAUGAAGCACCACUUAACCUGUUCACUUCAUCAGAGCGCGAUACAUACUGACUUGAGUCACAGGGCCUACUCAACUUGCGCUCUCACUGUGAAGGACACACUGAUUGACUGGACAGGAAAAUUGGAGGCAGCUCAGGUGCCAGAAGCAUGUUUGGCUGUUGAGUACAUCAUUUCGUACAUCCUUGGAGUAUCACGAAAGGAGUUGGAGAGACAUGCUUCAGUAGUACUAUCUGAGGCCGAGCUCACUGAAGUGGAUCGGUUAAUGACAUGUAGGCUUGCAAGGAUGCCAUUACAAUACAUAUUAGGUGAAUGGGACUUCCAUUCGGUAACCCUCAAGAUGCGACCACCCGUAUUCAUUCCUCGUCCCGAGACAGAACAGUUGGUUGAAUUGGCUUUGGAAUGUUUACAAGGAAUGAAAAUGCCUCGAAUAUUAGAGAUUGGCUGUGGCUCUGGAGCUAUUUGUAUAUCCCUACUUAACUGCAUCCAUAAUCUUCAGUGUGUGGCAUUGGAUCACAGUAAACAUGCCAUAGAAUUAACCCAACUCAAUGCAGCUAAUAACAAAGUUAGUGAUCGAUUACUGCUAGUCAAAGGAAAAGUAACACGAGAGAAGAUGCCAAGUUUACCUCAAGACAACUUUAGUCUUAUUAUAUCUAAUCCACCAUACGUUCUCAGGAAAGAUCUCCUGAAUGUCCAACCAGAAAUCAUGGUGUAUGAAGACAUGCGAGCCCUUGAUGGAGGAAAGGAGGGCCUAGAUGUGAUUAAGGCAAUUCUAAUUCACAGUCGGUAUCUCCUUCCUGAUGGACAUUCUGUGAUCCUUGAGGUAGAUCCUUGUCACUGCCACCUUAUUCCUGCAUGGUUGGAGAAACAACCAAAUUUACAACUAAAACUAACAGAAGUGUUUAAAGAUUUUAAUGGAAAAGAUAGAUUUAUAAAAUUGCUGAAAUGUGCAAAACAUGUUAAAAAGAAUAUUUUUGUUUAGUGCAGUCUAUUAUUAAUCAAAUGGUCUUGGAUUCAACUCUAGUGGCAGAACAGUAAUGCUUAGGUAAGUUUCCUUUGAAUUGAUGCCUCUGAUCCUGUGUUGGUUGCAAAUGAGCUCGGUUCUCAUGUCCCUCCUUACUUCCAUGCCCAGAAAUCCCAUGUUGAAUUGCCCUUUGGAUUUGCCACUCCACAGCAGUAAGCUCUGAUGGUUAUCUUGAGAUGAUUUCGGGGCUUUAGUGUCCCCGCGGCCCAGUCCUCGACCAAGCCUAUCCCAGGAAGCAGCCUAUGACCUAUAUCCUAUGACCCCAGGAAGCAGCCCGUGACAGCUGA